AAGGAAAUGGCCUGUGCUCUCCAUUGAAGCAUAUCACUCUCUAGAUCUGCAGGGGUAUAAUUCAUCUUUCACUAUAUGUAUACCAUGGUUGCUUCCAUUUUGUGCUAAUCAAAAUGGUGAUUUCUGAUGAAUCUGGAGGCCUUGGCUGUGACCAAAAUAGUGAUGGUAAUGAUGCUAAACCUCAACCACCACCAUCUCAGCAUGAAAAUGGGGAAUCAUCAAAACAGAAUUCGAUAUUCUCACUUACUCUUGAUGAAAUUCAAAGCAAGAGUGGGAAGAGUUUUGGGUCCAUGAACAUGGAUGAGUUCCUUGCCAACAUAUGGAGUGUUGAUGAAAAUCAAGUUUGUGAAGAACAACCUAACCAAGGUGAUCAUGAGGACCCUUCCAAUGAUGGGAAAGACACAACUUCAAAGACGGGAUCUCUUUCUCGUCAGGGAUCAUUCUCCAUUCCUACCCCACUUUGCAAGAAAACUGUGGAUGAGGUAUGGUCAGAGAUCGACAAAACUCAACCACCACCCCCUCCUAACAACAUGAAUAUUAAUCCUGGACCUCCCCAGCGCCAACCAACAAUCGGAGAAAUAACUCUGGAAGAUUUCCUGGUAAAAGCUGGAAUAGUUCAAGAAAGACCUCAGAACGGAAUGGAAAGUACUACAAUUCAACCACACGGUGGUAACACUAACAAUUGUAACGUGGCAACUAGCAGCAGCACAUAUGGGGAUACAAGUUUUGGAAUGGGAAAUAAUUUGAUUGGUUCAGGGUUUUUUAAUCCUCAAGGUUUUGUUCCAAAUAAUUUGUCCGGGAAUGGAUAUGCAACUGCUCCAUAUCCAAUGUUUGGAGAGAGAAAAAUGGGGCUGGGAGAAACAUCUUGUGGAGGUACUAGUACUGCAAUUGAGAAAUGUCAUAGUUUGCCAGAAUCUAGUGGGACAAACAAUAAGAAGAGGAUAAUCGAUGGUCCACCAGAGGUACUAGUGGAGCGGAGGCAACGCAGGAUGAUCAAGAAUCGAGAGUCAGCAGCUCGGUCUCGUGCAAGGAAACAGGCAUAUACUGUGGAGCUAGAAGCUGAGCUGAAUCAACUUCAAGAUGAGAAUAUAAAGCUAAAGCAAUGCUUGGCCGAAAUCGAACAGAGGCGAAAACAAGAGGUCAUGAGAAGGAAACGGACGACAAAAGCACAAAAGAUGGCAGCAAAGUUGAAGACAAUAAGGAGGUCUGUAAGCGCUUGAGAUGGCGAUGAAUGUAAUUCAUGCAAUGUGAGGAAGAUACUUGUGUAUGUAAAUGACAUUAUAACCUAUAUGUUUUCAGAAGCAUAUGUAAAUUAAUUGUCCAACUUCUGUGUAGCAAUAAGUGGAUGGAUAAAUGUUCCAUCAGUGAAUCAUGGGUGUAAAAAUAAGUUGGGGUUUUUUUUUCUUUCCUUU